AUGCAGCCAGUCAGAUGGGUAUCAAUAUUGAUCUGUGUUAUUAGUUGUCAAAGUGUCUACAGUCAAUAUAGAGUGCAAAAUGCAGGAUAUUCAUACGAAAGACCGAGGGUACCUUUUCCCUUACCAACGCAAACGGCGCAACCACCAAGUCCGAGUUUACCACCUCGACCACCGCCUCCUCCAACGUACAAUUAUCCAUCUCCUACACCAAGCCGACCACCACCAACAACCAGGCCACCCCCAAGACCACAACCACCAGUAACAUAUAAUUAUCCUUCGCCACCGCCACCUCCUCCCCCACCACCACCUCCUCCUCCUCCUCCUCCCCCUCCUCCAACCCCCUCCUCCUCCACCUCCACCGCCACCGCCGCCACCCCCUCCUCCUCCUCCUCCACCACCACCUCCACCACCACCACCUCCACCACCACCACCACCGCCGCCGCCACCUCCUCCUCCUCCUCCUUCUCAGCCCCCACAAUCUUAUCUUCCACCACACCUACUUAUUUACCACCGUAUAGCGGCAAUCAAGCAUACUCGUCAACACCUUAUGCUGAUUUAUCGUCUACAAGUCCAUCUUAUUCAACUUUUGGCAGUACUGCUUUUUCAUCGGCGUCAGCUUCUUCAUCAGCCGUGAGUUCAAAUUUUCCAACCACUUUAUCAAGUAGUACAAUGCCAUCGUCAACUGCAUCUUCGUCAUCUUUGACAGUAACUUCUACGCCCGACAUGAUAUCCAAUGGAUCGCCAAUAAGUUCUUCUACAACCAUUUCUAACUUACCAGAAGCAGUUAUGUCAUCGACGACAUUUAGCACAAGUACUACAAUGCCUGCGAGUGCAUCCUCUUAUUCUGAAUCACCGGUUUCAAGUACUGUUUCUUACGACAAUGUAAACUCGAUAAGUGAUUCGAAUUACAAUUAUCCAUCGCCGGCAGCUAAUUUUAUGGAUGGCACUUCCGCGUCUACAAUUGCCCAAGAGAUGUCUAGCGUAACUACCGAAGCAACAGCACCGCCUACUGCGUACAGUGCAUCCACGAGUGCAAGUUAUAGUAGCCCUUCAUCGCAGGCAGUAUCAGUGCAAGAAAGUUCAAUGUCAACUUUUACCGAAGCACCUGCCGUCUCCAGCACUCAACCUUCAACAGUAAUAUCUUCGACACCGACAAGUGUUGAAACAUACUCUCCGACUACUCAGUCGGUAGCAUCCAGUACGCAAGCGAUUCCUUCGACCACCUACGAUUAUUCUGCACCCUCGGUACCAUUUUCCCUACCAACGAUGACCUCCACAACGUCGACUCCCUCAACGAUCCAAAUAAGUUCUGUUACACCCACUUCACCCACGACGUAUUCUACGACACCAACGACGACAACGCAAGCGCCAAGCUCGACACUAUCGACUACCGAAUAUCCAUCAACACCAAGCCCACAGCCCUCGUCUCCAGUAACUUACGAUUAUUCGACACCUUCGGUACCCUUGCCUGUGCCAACGACUGUGACACCGUCGACCGAGACGUCGACAGUUGUAACAAGUGCCCCGACUUCGCCCACGACAAGCGCGUUCGUGCCGACCACUCCGAUGACGACCGUUUAUUCGACGCCCGCCCCGACAGUUUCGACCACGGUAACGACCACAACUCCUUCUACCACCAUGGCCACGACUUAUUCGCCCAGGCCAUCGUCGACUGUCACGAUACCCAGCGUCUCGACCGAGUCGACGCCGGUGACUUACGAUUAUCCAACGCCGAGUACUACUACGCCAGCGCCACCGAGGCCAACCGCUCCCAGCACGCCUUAUUAUCCUCCGCCGCCUCCGCCGCCGCCGCCACCACCACCGCCAAGACCAGCUCCUGUGCCGACUUACAAUUAUCCAGUACCCACGGCGCCGCCUGCGCCAACUCGAUUGCCGUCUCCGAGACCGAGGCCGACGAGACCGAGGCCCGUUAUCACACCGAGACCGCAGCCACCGAGAGCUUCUUAUCUUCCGCCUCAGAGGGUACCGACUAGACCGCCCCCGCCACCGCCAUCGCCGACGCCGUUCGAGAGCCGUUUUUAUUUGCCGCCAGCACGACCGGCGCCUUCUUAUUUGCCUCCAGUGAGAUAA